ACCUACAAUAACAUGGCAUCAGAACAAAACAUAUUUAUUAACAAUAUGGAAAAUUUUGAAAAUUUAAGCUAUUUACACGUAAUAGUUAAAAUUAUUUUACUCGUUUCUUUCAUAAGUUUUUGUGCACGUUUAGUUCCUUACGUUGCGACGCCGUGAAACAAAACGCAACACGUCUUACUCUUUGACGCAAGAAAAAAACUUGUUUUGUGAACUUUUUUAUUUUAACAUGUAGAAAGAAACCGAACCGUGUGAAAAUCGUUUACGAACAAAGUUAAAUGGCAUAAAUCAACGUUACAAUAGUUUAGUUAAAACAGUAAUGUGGUUAAGAUAAUAGUAAAAGAAAUGGCUUUCCUAUGUCCAGUCAGAAUAAGAAGGGGAAAGAAGAAGAAAUCCAGUAGUGGUGACUCUGAUAAAGACUUAUCAAGACCAAGCUCAGGGUUGAGCCCUGGUAUGGGCAGAAUAACGGGAUCAGCAAGCAUCGAGACACUUGUUAGAGUUGGCAUAGAAAAGGAACAUGGACUCAGUCCAGAUUCUAAGAUGGUGGUGCUGCAUGACUUUGCACCUUGUGUGGAUGAUGAGUUAGAGGUAAAACGUGGCCAAAUUGUAAAUGUAUUAUACAGAGAAAACGAUUGGGUGUAUGUAAUUGUGGCAGAAUCUAGGAGAGAAGGAUUCAUACCUCAUUCAUAUUGUGCACCCUGCGAGCACCAUGACUUGAAGAAGAAACUGCCUCGGAGUAGAUCUCCGACAGACAUGACACAUAGAGAUGUUUCACAAUUGUCAGUAUCAGAUGGAGCAACAAAUGAUGGUCACUCAGAGCUAGGCAGCGAGGGUGAAGCAUGCCCAUUCAGCAAAGAUCCUUCUGGUCGCUACGUUGUCCUCUAUACAUUCACUGCUAGGGAUGAGAAUGAUGUUGAUGUGGAGAGAGGGGAGUUUGUCACAGUACUAAAUAGAGAAGAUCCAGAUUGGUAUUGGAUAGUGCGAAGUGAUGGCCAAGAAGGCUUCAUUCCAUCGGGCUUUGUUUAUCCAGCUGUUGUUCAAGCUUCUCAACAGGACAACACGCAACAGAUGCAUUCGCCGCAGUCGAAUCUCAACAGUACAAUAUUAAGUGGUAAUAACACAAGUGUUAAUACUAUAACUCAACCGGACACCGAUGGACGGUACCACGGGACUGAACUAGUCAUGCUUUACGAUUACAAGGCGCAGGCGCCAGACGAUCUAUCAGUGAAACGCGGCGAAUGGGUGUACGCGGACCUCACGCAACAAACAGUGGAGGGGUGGCUAUGGGCGCACGCGCCUAAAUCCAGGCGCUCCGGGUUCAUUCCCACCGCGUAUGCUAGGGCUCCGCACACUACAUCACUCUGAUGGACAUUCCUUAUGAUGCCAGAUUUAAGGCGGGGCUGUAACCCAAGGACACAUAAAGAUUGGGGGGGGAGGAUCGUAAGUGGUCCGGGGUGCGCCAGAUUUUAAAUUAGGGGCCUCGAAAUUCCAACCAAACCUAUGAUCGGCGUGUUGAUCGCAGUUUUAUCGAUCCGCCCACUUGAUCGCAGUUUGCGUGGAACCACUUUUGUGUGGUGUACUAGUCCAGGCGCUCCGGGUUCAUUCCCACCACGUAUGCUGGGGCUCCACACACUCCUUCACUCUGAUGGACAUUCCUUAAAAAUCUCAUAAAAUUUACCUGUUUGGUAUACAAAUUUGAUCGAUUACA